AUGAACGUGUCCUAUCGAAGCACAUCAGUACCACAGUUGACUGUGGAGACAAAAGAUAGCGAACUAUCUGGCGGUACGAUGGGGACCUAUCGAACGAGCGGUGCGUUGGGAUGGUUGCUGCUAUUCGCUACCUACUGCACGGCUACACUGGCCGCACCCAGCACCGGACACGGUUACGAGACGAAAAGCUUCGCCCAGGCGUACCUCGAGUGCCUCAAGUAUCUGAACAUCUCAGGCCAGUCCAUGCUCGCGUAUAACGCCUCUGCCGAGCCCUCGAACACCGGCGGGAAUUGCUUGUUGCGCUGCAUCGGUCUGAACACCCGCUGGUGGAACGAUGAGACGGGACUGCACGAGACGGCACUGGUACGCUUCUUCCGUCAACCGGACCGGACCUCGCUGGACCGAGCGCGCACCUGCAUGGCGCAGGAUUCGACCACCUCCGACACCUGCGCUGCCGCCUACCGGUCGUUCCGCUGCUACAGUGACGCGCUGGGUGAAGUGAUCGCCCACCCGGAGUACGUCGCACCGUGCAGGGAGGAGAUACACCGGGCGGUGAGCGAUUGUGCCGCGAUGCUGCAGGUACCGAACCAGCAGCUUGCGGCUUGCGUAGGUGCCGAAACGUUCCAGCACAGUGCGAACACCACCACCUUGCUGCGGUGCGUUGUGCUGCGGCUGGGACUGUACGCCGACUCGACCGGGGUGAUGUGCGAUCGUGUGCAGCUGCUGAUGGACAGGGACACUGCCCAAUCCUGGACGGAGUCGCGCACGGCAGAGGCUAAACGGUGUGAGAACGAUUUGCGGGAGUUGGGCGCUGACGUGUGCCUCGUUGCGGCUCACUCUGUGGAGAUCUGUUACGGUUGGAUGGCGUUCGGAGAGCUUUGGAAGGUGAUGAAGGAAGAGUACGGCAACUCAGACGAUGUGCUACGUUACGACGAUGCGGAAGAAUCGCUUGUGGAGUCGAACGAUGCGGCUGAGGAGGUGGCGGAAAACAAUGAUGUCUCUCCUUUCCCGGGAGAUGUGGAGAUAUUUAGCUACCCAUCCAGUUCGCGUUAUCGAUCACUGUUGAUAGUAGCUCCUAAGUGGAUUGCUAGUGAGUCGAAGUCUGAAGACGACCGAUCAGAUGAUUCAUCUUCCCAGGAAGAAAAGACUCCGAGCGAUGAGAAGCUUGAAACACACGACCUUUCAGGGAUUUAUGCCGAGAAACCGACAAAUCCGGAUAAUGCAGUGAAGCAACAGACAGUUCCGGAGCCUGACGAAGGGAAGCAACUAGAAACGGAACACAUUGUUCACGCCCGAUCGGUAGUGUAUCCAAUGGCACCCGAGCUAUUUCCGUACUGUAGACAAGUUCUGCCACCUUACGCACUACGGAUGAGACGUUCCAUUCCUCUGUCACAUUACUCUCCGCAUUCUAUGCCACUGAUGGACACUCACUACUACCAUCCAAUGUCUCACCCUAUCGUGAAGCGAUCCAUCCUAAUGGAUCCGAUGUAUGCUCCUGCAUAUAGACCCUUCGUGCCAGCGCGUUUUGUAAGAGACGUCGACUCCACGGCUUCACAAGUAGCAUUGGGCGACGCUCCGGUUGUUGGUCUCAGUGAACCUACCUCAUCUCAAGGGCAAAAUGAGUUUGUUUCUGCAUUGGUUGAUGACGAUUCCACUGUCACGAGACACGAGGAAGUGGAUGUGGAAGCUUCUAAUGAUGGUGAGGUGUCACCUACUGUUGAUGAGGGUGUCUAUGAGGAACUUGUCGUACCAGCUCUAAAUGAGGAGUCGACUGGAGCUGUCACUGAUGAGGCACUAAACGUUGGAGGUGAUGCGUUGGAAGAAACGGAACCAAAUGUUGCUGAUGCAAACAACGGUGAGACAGCGGUUGAUGAUGACUCUUACAAAAGCGAGAACUCUGACGAUACUUCCGGCAAUAGUGAGACGCCUCUUGCCGAAGUGGAUGCUGAUCAACCGAAACAACCGAUACAUCCGCAAACCGUACAUCGACUUAUCCGGGCGGUGCACGCGUCCAACUUGAUCAAAAACUUACUAUCCACGAUAAAAACACAGUGA